AUGGUUAGACUUAAUAUCCUACUAUUGCUUUACGCGGGGUUUUUGUAUCACAUCAAGAGUGUAUAUUCAAACACACUAAAUAUACAAAUUAUAGCUGAUUCAGGGUUUUUUACAAUAAAAGUUUACGAAAAUGGAAUAACCAAAAUUAUGGUAUUCUCAACAGCAGAUAAACCAAUAACAGAAGUACGUCAAGGACCAAAAUCAAUUUGGGAUUCGCUUCCCGGUGAAUCUAUUAAGUGUCUUACUUACUACCAAUUUAAAGGGUCAAAUAGAAAACUUAUGACUAUAGAAAUUAAUAAUCCUGUUAAAGACGAAAUGUAUUAUCUCCAUAUACAUAAUUACAAUUAUGUAUAUGCUACCAAAGAAAUGUUUGAAUUCGAAUAUACAGAAAUGGCUAGAGUUGCCAAAUACAUGCAUGAAAAAUAUUCGAAGAGUUCGGAUAAAGUUCCAAUUCCCAAACAGAAACAACCUAAAAAACGUAAAGCCGAUACUGAUGAUACUGGGGGAUCGAAAAAGAAAACACCAGCUGUAUCUGAGAAGAUAGAGCCUGAUAUUGUUCAAGUGGAGGUGGAAUCCGAAGAGGAUGAAUCUACUGAUACAGCAUCGGAAGGCCCAAUUGAAGAUCAAAAACAAGAGAGAAAAGACUUAAUGGAGAGAAUUAAUUUUGUUGUUUCAUCAGACAGUGAUAACGAUAUUAAUGAACUAGAAGUACCUUUUGAUCCAAGCAUUAAAACAAACCCCAGUGAACCUGAAAUCACUCAGGUAGAAAUGGGAUCAGAUGAUGACGAUAGUGACUUAUUAAACGAAUCGCUAUUUGGAGAAGAUGUAGAGAAGUGGUUGGAAAGUGAACUUGAAGAUAUUGGUUUAUCGGAAAGUGAACGUGAUUCAUUAUUCGAGGAUACAACCGGUGAUGUAACUGGUGAUGAUGAAUCAUCAAACGACUAGGAACAAACGCUCCUUUGACUCUUUCUCUCAAUACCGAAAACCCAACAAUUACUUAUAAUAAUUUUUAAUGUGCACUAGAAUUGGGG